CCACUGUUUUUCAGUGUGCACUCAGACGCCCUUCUGUAGAUAACUUUCCAGUUCUUAUAUUUAUUUUACUCCUUUUAUACAUUACUUUUUCAGUUGGACAUGUAAACGUUUCACUCGGAGAAAAAGACUCGACUUCUUUUCCUUUGCUUCCACGUUAGCCCGAGCAGUCCCGCGUGUGGACAUGACGUAAUCAUUGUUUACUUUUACUCAAGCCCCGCCCUCGGUUAGCAACUUGUGGCUAACCAGCUACCAAGGAAGGAGGCACUCCGAGGUCCGUUCGCCAGGCACCACCCGGUUACAGUGUCUUCUUGUCCAAUUUAGGUCCGUAAAGUCCAGAUGCAUGAGUCUGCGACAGAGUCAACAAGCCACGCCAUUCAAGACAUAAAGACAGAGAGCAGGAAUAUUCCGGAGAAUGAGAGCAGACUGAGGAGCUGUCAGACUCCUCUCUCUGAGGUUCCACAAUCAUCACCUAUGAUGACCCCACCAGCAGAAGCUCCACAGCAGCUGCAACAGACCACACAGCAGCAGGUCCUCAGCUCGCAGCAGCUCCAGGCCAUGUUUCAACAGCAGAAAGCACUCAUGUUACACCAGCAACAAAUUCAAGAAGUCUUCAAGAAUCAGCAAGAGCAGCUAAACAUGCAGCUAAUACAGCAGAAGAACGCUGGGAUGGUUAGCCAAGAGUUGACGGCCCAGCAGAUCGCCAUCCAGCAGCAACUUUUGCAGGUGCAGAAGCAGCACCUGCUCAACCUGCAGAGACAGGGCCUUCUUUCCGUUCUGCCCAACAGCCCAGCCACACCCACUGGGUUCGACAAUAACAUUCACAAAGCCAAUACUGGAGACACCAGGGAGUCUUCCAGCCAACAGUCGACUCCGAAUGGACAUGUCCUCUUGAAGAUGAAAGACAGUGGGUCCGCGGAUGAAGCCCCUCAGAACACUCAUGCUCUGUAUGGAAAUGGAAUGUGCAAGUGGCCUGGCUGCGAGACCGUGUUUGGCGAUUUCCAGGCCUUUCUGAAACACUUGAACAGCGAGCACACUCUGGACGACAAAAGCACGGCUCAGUGUCGUGUGCAGAUGCAAGUGGUCCAGCAGCUGGAACUGCAGCUGAAAAAAGACAAAGAGCGACUGCAGGCCAUGAUGGCUCAUCUCAAGUCCUCCGAACCUAAAUCGGCAGCUCAGCCUGCGAAUUUGGCGCCCAACGUCUCCUUCUCGCAGACGACGGUGCCGAAAGGUCCGCAGAUGAGCCUGUCUCAGAGCGCCACGGCCCCGACCACACCUCUGACCCCGCUGUCUGACGCGCCAUCGGUACUCACCCCCAACAGCAUGUUCAGCGGAAACCCUGUACGCAGGCGCUACAGCCGCUCUGUCAGCCAAGAUAUCAUUGACAAUAAAGAAUUUUAUUUGACCACUGAAGUUCGGCCUCCAUUUACAUAUGCUUCUCUCAUUCGGCAGGCAAUAUUUGAAUCGCCGCGUAGUCAGCUGACACUAAAUGAAAUCUACAACUGGUUCACCAGAAACUUUGCCUACUUCAGGCGCAACGCAGCAACGUGGAAGAACGCAGUUCGGCACAAUCUCAGCCUCCACAAGUGCUUUGUGCGCCUGGAGAACGUGAAGGGGGCAGUGUGGACUGUCGAUGAAAUCGAGUUUCACAGGAGGAGACCCCAGAAAGCUGCCGGCAGUGGAUCCCUGGUGAAGAACCCUCCAAACCGCCAGAGUUUGGGAUCAAUUCCUCAGAGUGGGAGUCUGGAUGGGAGCAACCCUUUCUACAACCCAGCGAGGAUGGGCAGCAUCUCCCUGCACUCCCUCCCCCAUGUGCUGCAGGAGCAGAUGAGCGGCGCCCUUGCCAACGGAUCUGGAUACCAAAGUGACAGCAGUGCGACACAAUCGCCCCCACAAUCUUUCAUCAAAGAAGAGCAGGAGGACGAGGAAAUCUGCGAGAAUUAUUCCUACGAGUGCCAGGAGAGCACAGAUGAGCACGGCCGUAGCCCCGAGAUGAACCACGAUGAAGAGCACAGCAGCCCAGAGAGGCCGAACCUUCAUCUUGACCGCGUGCCUUCUCUCUGACUGUGAGGUCCGGACCAGACGCUCCUCGGCGAGACCUUUUUAUAUGAAUCCAUAUAGAAGUUCCAAAAGCAAACAUUUGCGUAACCAAACCUUGUUCGGAAGAGUUUGUUUCAUUGUGUUUAUCCGCAUUUAAGAAGUUAUGCGUUUCUUAAUUUAGCUAUUUUGUUCUGUAAAGUAGCGUGAAAUCACAAACAAUGAUGCUGUCACGGAUGAUUGUGUUUUAUAUCUGUAACAGCGGGAGCAUGACAACCUAUAAGCCAAAGUAAAAGAAGCAUUGGCAGCUCGCGCUUCCACGUCAUGUUUGGGGAGAGUGGGGGCACACUAGCUGAUUUAAAGUGAGGAAGUUCAGUCAAUGCCGAAGACGUUCACUGCCAACAUUGUGUGUCUGAUCAGAUGACUUAACAGAUUUUCUUUGUCACACCAGACAUUGCGCAUGUAAGAGUAGAUUAUAUAGAUGUAUUAUUAUUGUAAAAUCUUACUACAAUUAAAAAAAAUCUA